GCGGCGGCGGCGGCGGCGGCGGGCGGCCGGUCGUCAUUCUGUCCGGUGGCGGCUCGGAGGAGUGACAACUCGCCCGAUCAGCACCCAGCGACAUGCUGACCGCUCUGCUGGUAUUGUGCGCGGUGGCGGCCGAUGCGGCGCCACUAGCGGCCAAAUCAGACACGGCGGCAGAGAUCCCGCUCUCGGCGCCCGCUGCGCCUCACUCUGCCCUCCUCAUCGCGCCUCUGGAGGUCAAGGUCACCAAGCUGAAGAAGUUCCACGCGCUCGAGAAGGUUCUGAAGGUCGGUAAGAAGCCGCACAACGUCCUCGAAAAGGUGGAAGUGGUCACGGAGCCGACGCCUGCGCCGGCUGAGACGACGACAGCGCCACCUACAUCAGCCCAGUCUACUGCAGUGCCCUCUGCGCCGACUGAGUCGACCGCAGCGCCCUCUGAGCCGGCAGAGGAGGGCCCGCUACUGCCUGAGAGAGAUGUGGAGAUCCUGAAGGCGCACAUAUCACGUCCUCUGGUGGCCACUACCAUGUUCGAGGACGAGAAGGCGGCACGAUUCCGGCACUCAACACUCUUCGGGUUCCCUUCAUUUUUCUAGAAGUGGCACCCGUGAUCCCUCCAUUCAUUCAUCCAUUCAUUGUUCAUGUUGAGGUGUGGACGGGAGCUCUAAUCACUAGCGGUGUCCAGAGGGGCCAGCAGGGCCGUCUGCUGGGCCCCUGGCUCCGAGUGGAGUUCAGUCUGCGCUCACAUCAUCGUUUCAUGCUCAUAAUCAUCGAAAUGCCGCUCGAAGGCAUUUCUCCCGGAGUCCCGAUAGUGGGGCGGCGACAGUGCCGCUCGAUCGCGCGGUUAGAAUUAGGAUUCGAUACCUUGUGCUCAUUUUGUGUUGAUGUCAGCAUAUGUGCGUAAUUGUGCAGUCCUGUGACUGAAGGUUGCGCGAUGAUACUUUUGCCAGUCUAUGCAGUUCUAGGUAUUCAAAGUUAAUUUAUCUACCUGAAUAUCAUGAAGUGUACCUAAACGAACCAAAGGAGCAAAACCCAUGAAACUGUUUAUACAUACCGUAACGCGCCAAAUGCCUUCAUGAAAACAUGCGCAAACAAACAACCAUGACGAAACAUGACAGCACUUGACGUUAGAAAGCAUAAAACAUGUGAUGGCUGACUAAAUGAAAAAAGCCUUCUGAGCCAAACGGCCUCUAUACGCGUUACCUUCACAUAACCGUCAAGAAAUUCUUCGUCAUAGCUUGUGACAAUGCGUUCCCAAUCGUAGGUAAUUGAAGACUGGUUGAGUGUGUGCAUGUAUGUAUAUUGAAUUCUGGUAUGUAUGUUUAUGGUAUUGUGUUGAAGCUGCUAGGGUGACCGUGAAUGGCACCCUGUGGGAUUAUGUGGCAUUAUUGUGGAGCUGGGUGGCCGCUGCAGCCGCUGUCAGCCCGCAGCUGGCGGCUGGGCUAUGCAGCUGUCGGCUGGGCUGUGCAGCUGUCGGCUGAUAAGCUGCUGUUGAGCUGCUGUCCGUACUGCGGAGCUGACGCAUGUUCAGCUGUCACGCUGUGGCUGCCUGGUCACCCUUCAUUUGCGUCUAGCUGUAAAGCUACCGCCUGGAAGUACAUACGUACGACCGGUCGAAAUCACGCCCAUUGAUGUUCAUUCAUUGUGUAUCAAUAAUAAACGAAAAUAAA